AUGACCAGCAUCGGUGGGCCGAAAUGUGGCAUUGUCGCCGCGACUUUUCUGUUCGUCUUCAACACCUUUUUCGCGCUGGGAUGGCUGUCGAUUCCGUGGCUGUACCCGGCUGAGCUCGUGCCUCUGGAGAUCCGGGCGCAGGCAAAUGCGCUCUCCACAUCGGCGAAUUGGAUAUUCAACUUCAUGGUGGUUAUGAUCACCCCCGUGGCAUUCAGUUCGAUUGGCUGGCGCACCUACAUCAUCUUUGCCGUCUUCAACGCGGCCUCCAUUCCGAUCCUCUAUUGGUGCUAUCCGGAAACAGCAUACCGCUCGCUUGAGGAAAUGGACAUUAUUUUCGCGAAGGCCACCGGUGUCGUCGAUGCGGUGAGGGUUGCACGGACCGAACCAAGGCACUUUGGCAAACAUGGUGAAGUGCUCCGUGAAAUGGUGCCCGACGUCAAGGAUACUACGGGCAUUGGUUCCGAGAAAGGAGGAGUGGAACAUGUACAAUAA